UGCGCCGCCGGCUACCCAAACAGACGUGCGCGCCGUCGCUCGCUCCGCAACUGAGUUCCGCGCGCCCGCGCUCUCGAUAUGAGCUCCGGCAAGAGGAAGCUCUCGUUCCUGGGCUUCGCCCCGCAGGAGGCGAGCACCGCCAGCGGGCCGGACGAGGUGCGGCUGGACGAGGAGAUGGACCGCGUGGUGUGGGGCGACGCGGCGCCGCGCCUGCCCGCCGCCGCCGGCGAGCCGCGCCGCGACAGCGCCGCGCCGCCGCCCUACUCCGUGCGCGAUGGAGUGACUUCGAGCAGCUCCGAGCUGUCGCAGCCGCCAGUCAGCACCGGUUCUGAGCAGCAGACAUCGGGCGGCGCGUGGUCCGGCUCGGGGUCCGGCGGCAGUCCGCGCGAGGCCGACGAGCGGCACGUGCAGUUCGACGGCGAGCGCGCCGAGCGGCCCGACCUCGCAGACACCUUAGACGACGCCGACGAGGAGCGCCGAGCACAGCGUAACAUCAAGCACCUGCACCCGCACAAAGCACGCAAAUACUCCCUGCAAGAGGGCGCUCGCGGUGGUGGUGAGCGGCGCGUCAGCAUUGAGCCGGUCGAGGAGCCGCUGCCCGAGGCAGACGCCGAGCAGCUGCACGCGCACCGCAGCGACGACCCGCGCGCGCUGCGCCGCCACAAGAUCCAGCCGCGGGGUUCAACAGUUCACGUAGGCCGCAAGGAUGGUGGUGAUAAAGUACAAAAUAUAUUAUCAGAUGCCGCCUACAAAAAGAUGUACGAUCACAGCCCGCAUUCGGUUUUCGUGCAACUGGAUGAGCUGCUGGCUACGGAGGACGGCGAGGCUGAGUGGAAGGAGACAGCGCGUUGGAUCAAGUAUGAGGAGGACGUGGAAGAGGGCUCAGCCCGUUGGGGUAAGCCGCACGUGGCCUCCCUGUCAUUCCACUCGCUGCUCAACCUACGGCGCUGCCUCGAGACCGGCGUCGUGCUGUUGGACCUGGAUGAGAAAGACCUGCCCGGGGUCGCGUACAGGGUCGUGGAGAGCAUGGUAGCGGAAGGCCUGAUCGAGGAGGAUGACAAGCCGGUGGUGAUGCGUUCGCUGCUACUGCGGCACCGGCACGUGCACGACGAUCGCUUCCGGUUCUCCAUUAGCGGCAAAAAGCACUCCUCAUACACGAGCUUGCAGUCGCUGUGGCUGGACGAGGGCGCGCUGGCGGGGGCGCGCGCGCGCUGCUCCGUCUGCAGCGCCACGGCCGCCUGCCGCCGCCACAGCACACACCUCAUCAACUUGGCAGACCCGCGGCGGCGGCGCAGCUCGUACGCUUUGCCGCUGGAGCGCGCCGAGGUCCGCAAGAAGUCUUCGGCGGGCGGCCUGGAGCUGCGCGAGGUCGAGUACCUGGCGGGCGUAGACGCGGCGGCCGGCUCACAGGACGAGUUGCGGCGUCCACACCACGACUCCAUACUGAAGCGCAUCCCCGGCGAUGCCGAAGCCACCACCGUACUCGUGGGUGCUGUGGGCUUCCUCGAGCAGCCCACGAUCGCGUUCGUGCGCCUCGCCCAAGGAAUCCUCAUGCCUUCCAUUACAGAGGUGCCCGUCCCGGUGCGGUUCAUGUUCAUUCUUUUGGGUCCUAGCGGCGCCGACCUUGACUAUCACGAGGUGGGUCGCUCCAUUUCCACACUCAUGUCCAACCCGGCGUUCCACUCCAUCGCGUACAAAGCGGAUGACCGGCGCGAGCUGUUGUCUGCCAUCAACGAGUUCUUGGACGACUCCAUCGUGCUACCUCCCGGGGACUGGGAGCGCCAGGCUCUUCUGCCCUUCGAAGAGUUACGCGCCAAGAGCGAGAUGAUCCGACGUCGGAAGCGUGAUGCUUUGGAGCGCAAGCGUGCGGCUGGCGAAGUGCCCGCGCCCCUCGACGAGAAGAAGGCGCUACUGGCCGCGGAGGCGGGUGGCCUGCCGAGCAAGGAGCCGGAUGAUCCGCUGGUUAGAACUGGCCGCUUAUUCGGAGGUGUGUUACGUGACAUGAAGCGACGCUAUCCCUACUAUUUAUCGGAUUUUCGUGACGCACUGAAUGGUCAGUGUGUGGCAGCCACCAUCUUCAUGUACUUCGCGGCGCUCUCCUCCGCGAUCACGUUCGGCGGUCUGCUGGCCGAGAAAACGUACGGCAGCAUCGGCAUCUCUGAAACUUUGGUGUUCACGUGCGCUGGCGGCGUGCUGUUCGCGCUGGUGGCGGGGCAGCCCAUGAUGAUUACAGGUGCCACGGGGCCGCUACUACUGCUGGACGAGUCACUCGCCAACUUUUGUCACUCGAACAACUUCGACUUCCUGACGGCGCGCAUGUACUGCGGCAUCUGGAUGAUUGUCAUCGCACUCGCCGUUGCCUCCGCGGAAGGCAGUGUGGCCGUCAAGAAGAUCACCAGGUUCACUGAGGAUAUCUUCGCUUUCCUGAUCUCACUAAUCUUCAUUGGAGAGCCGGUGACCAGCCUCAUCAACGUAUUCCGUGCCCAUCCGUUGGGCAUCGACUAUGCCGCAGCCGCCGCCAACGUGACUGUCGUCACCAACUCCACGCUGCCAGUGGGUGCAGGUAACGCGACGCUGGCGCCGGCGGCGGGCGCGCGCAUGCCGCCGCAGCCCAACACGGCGCUGUGGUGCACGAUGCUGACGCUCUCCACCUUCAUCAUUGCCUACUACCUCCGCAUUUUCCGCAACGGCAAAUUCCUCGGCCGCAGCGCUCGCCGCGCUCUCGGUGACUUCGGCGUGCCCAUUGCGAUCGUGCUGAUGGUGGGCGUGUCGUGCGCCGUGCCGGUAUGGACGGAGACACUGCGCGUGCCCGAGGGACUCAGCCCCACGGCCCCGCGCUACUGGCUCGUGCCGCUCAACAAUGGGAUCGGCACCAUUCCCGCCUGGGCCGCCUUCGCGAUGGGCCUUCCCGCGCUCAUGGUCUACAUAAUCGUCUUCAUGGAGACCCACAUAGCCGAGCUGAUCAUUGAUAAACCGGAGCGGAAAUUGAAAAAGGGCAGUGGUUUCCACAUGGAUAUCGUGAUCAUGUCGGCGGUGAACGCCAUGUGCGGACUGUUCGGCGCGCCGUGGCAGUGCGUGGCCACCGUGCGGUCCGUCAGCCACGUGUCCGCGCUCACCAUUAUGUCCACCACGCAUGCUCCCGGUGACAAGCCGCACAUCGUCGAGGUCAAAGAGCAGCGGCUGACGGGGCUGCUGGUGGCGCUGCUGGUGGGCAUCUCGGUGCUGGCAGCGCGUUGGCUGCGACUCGUGCCCAUGGCCGUACUGUUCGGAGUCUUUCUGUACAUGGGCAUUUCAGCGCUCGGUGGAAUCCAGUUCUGGGACCGCUGCAUUCUCUUACUAAAGCCUGUCAAACAUCACCCGCAAGUUCCUUACGUCAGACGGGUCCCGACGCUGAAGAUGCACUUGUACACACUGAUCCAAGCCGCGGGCUUGGCCGUGCUGUACGCUGUCAAGUCGUCGCGGUUCUCACUGGCCAUGCCGUUCUUCUUGGUGAUGAUGGUACCUCUGCGAAUGUCCCUCGCCUACGUGUUCACGCCGUUGCAACUCAGAGCGUUGGAUGGCGCCCAAAAAGACAUCGACAAGGACGACGAACCCGAUUUCUACGAAGAGGCGCCGCUGCCGGGCUAGAGACCGGCUCCGCACUGACACUAUGCCUGAGACGAUGUAGCAGGCUUCAAAUUAUUUCUUCCUACGUCUCUACAUCUAUUUUUUCACUCUCUGUGAUUUGUACGAAAGUUGUAUAUAAUAUUUCCAAAUAUGCCAGUCAGACUGCGCUAAUAUAUUUUUGUAAUAUAGACUUACAGGUACUAUGUUAUAGAUCCGAAAACAGGAUUUAGUUAUGUGCUAUGUUGCCUGCACUAGGCCCACCAUUGAUAUAGAAGCUAGGUUACUUGUACUUGCAACCAAAGACCCUUAGAGCAUUCCGGUAAUAAUGAUAAUAUGCAUGUUUGACACGAGUACAGUACUCGUGCCGCAGUAUGUAUAGCGCACUGGCGCUCGCAACUACCAGUCAGUGGCCAGUUAGUGCAGGACCACAAUUAUUUCAUUUUCGUAGAUUUUGGUCGUACUAAUGUACAUUGUACAGUAUUAAUUUAUACUACUUGUAAUAGUUACCAUUGAUACGUAACGUAGGUACUUAAUGAUAAGUAAUUGUGAUAUGUUUAUUGCUAUAAAGUAAAAAGAUGAAAUGGCAUAGAUAAAUUUAUUAUUUGAUUCGGUUGCCGUUGCACGGUUGGCGCAGUCGAUUCUCGCCUCGUGUCGCUCGGGCUCUGGUGAAGCCGGAAACUAAUAUCUACAGUCUAACAUUGGACCGUGGGAUUACCGUUAGUGGAUAGUUUCGGGUUCAUUGUUGUAUUUACAUUUACUUAAAUUUGUUUAAAACUGUGCCCAGCUGCCGAAUACAAGUUAGUAGGGAAAUAGUCAUCGCACAUCGUCUUAGUAAGGAAAUGAUUGUCCGUUUACUUGAGCCCGUCACAGACAUGGCAACCUCUAUUCUACACACUGCAGCUGUACUAUUACAUUAUUUGUAUUUUCUGUACAGUGUGCUGAAGUUGAGACUGAUAUAAGUGUGUUCUACCAAACAAUCGCUUCAUGUUUAUACUGUUUGUUCCCCACUACAACUACAACUUAGUACAUCUUACUCACCACACGAGUGUGGUGAAUCAAAAAUGUACCAAUGGGUGCCUACUCAUUUAAAUACUAGCUUUUACCCGCGGCUUCGCUCGCAUCACAAAAGGAUAAAAAGUAGCCUAUGUGGCUAUCCAUCCC